GUGGAAGAUUAGGUGGAAGAUUAGGUGGAAGAUUAGGUGGAAGAUUAGGUGGAAGAUUAGGUGGAAGAUUAGGUGGAGGAUUAGGUGGAGGAUUAGGUGGAGGAUUAAGAUUAUUUAGAGGAGGGAGAUUAGGAUUAUUAGCCAUCGUUAGUUCUAUAUUUUGA